GCCCGCGACCCCGCGGCGGCCCGCAACGGACUGGCCGAGGGCGCCGAGCCCGAGGACGACGACGAGCAGGUGCGGCUGCUGUCCUCGGCCCUGAGCGCCGGCUGCAGCCUGAGGAGCCCCUCGGGCCGGGAGGCGGAGCCCGGGGAGGACCGGACGAUACGAUACGUCCGUUACGAGUCCGAGCUCCAAAUGCCCGAUAUCAUGAGACUGAUCACCAAAGAUCUGUCCGAACCCUACUCCAUUUAUACGUAUAGAUAUUUUAUCCACAACUGGCCACAGCUGUGCUUCUUGGCCAUGGUAGGGGAGGAGUGUGUAGGUGCCAUCGUUUGCAAGUUGGAUAUGCACAAAAAGAUGUUCCGCAGAGGUUAUAUAGCCAUGUUAGCUGUGGAUUCCAAAUACAGGAGAAAUGGCAUUGGUACUAACUUGGUCAAGAAAGCUAUAUAUGCCAUGGUUGAAGGAGACUGUGAUGAGGUUGUUUUGGAAACCGAAAUAACAAAUAAGUCUGCUUUGAAACUUUAUGAAAAUCUUGGUUUUGUUCGAGAUAAGCGGCUGUUCAGAUACUAUUUAAAUGGAGUUGAUGCACUGCGACUUAAACUAUGGCUGCGUUGAGAAACUGACAUCGAGGAACAACUUCCAACCACACAGAGUCGACCUUUGCAUGCAAUGCAAUUUGUACAGAAUUGCUUUGCAGGUGGAUUUAGUAAUUCCCAUGCAGCUCUUUAUCUGUCAGUGUCUCAUUGAGUGUCGCACAAUAUUUGUUGCACUUUGGCAUGGCGCAUUCGUUCUGAAUUAAAAGAGAUUGUUUUAAACUAAAGGAGUUCUUUUGGUACCAGCAAGAUGUGCCAGUUGAUAGCCAAGAUUUGUUCAUUUGCAGUCUGCUGACAAUGUUAUUUACAUAGUGACCAUUUUAUCACAGAACCAGUAAGUGGAACAUAAUUUGUUCCUUAAAAAGCCAAUGUAGAUUGUAAAAGUCUCUGAGUGUACUAACAUUUCACACAAAACCUGCCAUAGUUUUCUGAAGAGGAUGAGGGAAAAGUUUCAAUUUUAGGUUUUAUUUUUUCAAUAUUAAAUUUUCCAUUCUUGAAUAUUGGUACCUCAGUGAUUAGUGAAUGAAAAAAUGUAGGGUGGGAUAUGUCUUACAGUGAGUAAAGAUAAUUAAAGUGCGUCUGCCAGUGCCUGUGUAGAUAAGUAUAUUUGUCUUCAUCUCUAGUUUUUGAAUGCAUGCUGACUUUUCCUUUUCUUUAUGGCCUUUGCAAGCAAAUUUUUGUUUUUAUUUAAAUUCUAAAUUUGACAAUAAAUUAUUUCAGAUUUUUAUAAUUUGGAUACUUUUUCCAGGUGACAAUGCUUCACCUUACAAGUCCCUUCUUUCCAUGCAGUAACAAAUAGAAUCUGCUUGGAAAAUGUUUGAGAAAUGGCUCAAGAGGGAUGAGAAAAGUUGAUGGAGCUAGGAAUUGCUGGAUUUUAGGUGCACUUUUUUUUGAGGGAACUUUUGGGAAAGAAUAGAAAAUUAAAUUGGUAUCAUUUUAUUUAAUCAAAAUUACUGCAACAGCUUUUAUAAAGUAACUAAAAGUAUUUUCCCCACUUGAUUUGGAUUUACAUUGCUUCCAUUUCUUAAAAUGCUUCACUUUGGUUCAUGGUCUUCAAAAUAAAUUUCAAGGUGUAUUGUAUCCUUUUAAGCUGCUUUUAUUUUCUUUUCACUUGUCUAAAUAGAUUCUUGGGAAGAGCUUUGCCUUGUUCCUCCAGAAAAACAAGAGAUAAAGGAAAAUCUUUUUUAAUGAGUUCUUUGGGUUUUCACCCACCAUGUUUAUUAAUUACGUUAUGUAUUGAUAAAUUUGUCAGUGUAACAAAUUUUGAAGUUAAUUGCUUUCAGUUGAGUCAGCAAACCUAUGGUGGAUAACUUAUUUAACUGGAAAACCUAAGUACCCAUAAGAAAAGGUUUAUUCUUUGUGAAAAAAUGUCCUAUAGAAUCUGUUGUUGUUGCUGUUUUCAUUUGAAUAUGCUUUACAUCGCCUCUAGGAGUUGGUUUGAAUUUUUUGUGGCUAUAAUUACUGUAUUUUUAAAAAACCCUACCUCCAUUAACAGUUGGUAAAGGCCCCUUUUCAGGAAAGUUUGCAUUUUUUUUUUUUUAAGGAAAGCUGCUCUUUGCUCAGUAUAGUAUUUUGAAAGUGAACAUGCUAAUUACUUUUAAAAUAAAGAUACACAAUUUAUAUUUGAUGAAAAUAAAACCUUCCUGCUGUGGUGGGAUCAUUUAUAAUUCCUAAUUUUAAAGAAAACUUUUUCUUUCUAUUCUAUAUUGCUCUUCAGAAUUUAAUGAGCAGAAUACUGGGUUAUUAAAAAUAAGACCACACAGUACUCAGCUUUUCAGCUGACUUGUUUUGCAUCUGUUUUAGAAGAAUACUAGUCAUAGUAAUGCUUCUGUUAUUAUUUUUAAUAUGAAGGAAACAAUCUAAAACAGUAUUAUGUCAUCAGAUUUACUUCACCCCUUUCUAUAUGACUUGCUGGUUAAUAGGGUAAUGAUUGUUGUUGAAUACACAUUUGCUUGACUCAGUAAUGGGGACAGUUAUAGAUAACUUGCUAGAUUAUCAGUUCAGACCAUCUUUGUUUUAGUUGGCCUAUCAAACUAUCACCACUGAUCCUUAACCUCACAUUUCCUGGAUCAGCUGUUACCUGAGCAUUUGUAAACAUGACCUUAACUGUGUGACUAGAAACUCAAUGGUUGCCAUAUUGUUCUGUUGGUGUAUGUUAAUUAAGUAUCAGUGUAUACCUUAUGCCUUUAAUCGGAUGCACAAAAAUUGUUCACCUAAAAUUUUAACCUCUAGCAUGAUAAUCCAGCACCAAAAUUAAAAGUAUCCAUUCAAGUCAAAAUGUAUAAACAUUAAGUUACUUUAAGCUUUUGUUUUUCUUAAUAUCAGCUUAAAAUAAUUUCAUUUAAUUGAUAGAGUACGUUCACUUGGCUGAAACUGAGUAAAAUUGGCGCAACUUUCUUUUAAUAGGGUGCUGCUUCCUUAAGGCUGACUGUACUGUGUACUAUCCACUGACACUGGUUUGGCAGAUGGUACUGCUGAAACUUUUUACACAUGCUACCAUGAAGCUAUAUAUGUUAAUAUUGAAGAAGCUUAACGGGUAUACUACCAUUUUUGAUGUGUGGGCUAAUUUUCCUUAUAUUGGGAUGAAACUACUUACUCUAGAGAAGUUCACGGAUCAGAAACCAGACAUUAGUUUUUGGAGUUGAAGCCAGCAAAAUAAAAAGAAAGGAAUUACUAUUAAAAAUUGGUUUUAAUAUUUUCUGCCUCUCUUGUCCAAGUUACCUUCCCCAUUUGCUUGAUAAAUCUAUGUAAAAGGAGUUUGUCAUAUUUUAACUUUACCUUGCCCUGUGUUACAGUAUCAGCAGACGUGUAAGACUGGAUGUGUAUAUUUAUUAUGGUAUCUAAAAAUCAUAAAAUUCAUCACUUUUCAGGAGCAUAGAUCAAAUUGGUAAUGCAUCAGAGUGAGUUUUCAGUGCACCAUGACGUCUCUAUAAUGUUAUAGGGUUUUCAGGUUUGUAAAAACAUAAAUUAUAUUGACAUCAAAUAUGAGUUGCGUAUCUAUUAAGUAUGACGUGUAUCUCAAAAUAUUGGACUGAUGUUUGAUGACUGGAUAUUACUGCAUAAUUUUCUCCUCUUGUCCCAUAUCCUUUUGGAGAGAGAGAUUCAGUGGGGGUUUGAAAUGUGCAAGCUGUCUAAGUUGCAGUCAAAUAAAGUAUGGUUACGUUGUGUUGGCA